CCAUGCAAACCCCCGAACAACAUUAUGCCAGAUAACCCCCCAGAUAGCAACGGUCCAUGCAAACCCCCGAACUGCAUUAUGCCAGUUAACCCCCCAAAUAGCAUCGGUCCAUGCAAACCCACCGAACCACAUUGCGCCAUUAACCCCCCAGAUAGCAACGGUCCAUGCAAACCCCCGAACUGCAUUAUGCCAGUUAACCCCCCAAAUAGCAUCGUUCCAUGCAAACCCCCGAAC